AUGAAGAGUAACUGUUCAAUAAGGGCAAGAUCGCAAAAGCCACGAUAUGAGGAGGUUCAACAGCAACGUCGCCUUUCGCGUGAAAGCGAAGCCGUCAGGACACGAAGAUGUGGAGAAGAACAGCAAGGAGUCCGUCGGGAAAGAGCUGUUGAGAGGGCAAGAAUGCCAAGAGGGCAAGAAAGUGAAGAGCAGCGGAGAGCACCCCUGUCUGCAGACUCUCAGAGAGCUAGAAUGCGAAGGCAUUAGGGAGGGGAAGAACAGCGAAUAGCACACUUGGAAGCAGCCGCUGAGAAAACUCUCAGAGAGCUAGAAUGCAAAGGAAACAGGAAGGAGAAGAACAGCGAAGAGCAGACUUGUAAACAGCCGCUGAGAGAGCAAGGGUGCAAAGAGAGCAAGAAAGCGAAGAGCAGCGGAGAGCACGGCAGUCUCAGGAAGCGGAACGAAGGAGAUUUCGGAGAUAACAGAGAGUAUACGAAUAUGGAGGUGAACGGCUACUAUGAUUAUCGGCGACCAAACGAUAACAGGAUCGUCGAGUACGGCAACACAACACUGGACAAUAGGUCUGUAGUUCCGUAUAAUAGGUACUUAGCACUGCGCUAUGGCGGACAUUGGAAUGUCGAGAUCUGUGCUAUGAUUCACGACUGA